AUGGAUCUUCGUGUGAAAAUAGUCGCUAGUCAUUCCAUGGUCUCAAAGAAACAGUCUCUAAACCUUAAAAAGACUAAGAAAUAUUUACUGAAAUCACUAAAAAUCCCAAGAUUUUGUCGUACAAUACAACCUGCUAUAGAAACCCAAAUGUUAAAGUCUUCGAAUGGAAAAAACAUUACAACGAAUCAAACAGAUAAAUCAAAAUUUGACGAAUUCUAUCAAAUGAACAUGAUACAAAUUACCCAGGAUUUGCUAAAUUCAGAAAAAAGUAACAAUGUGCCACCUGAAGCUCGGGAACAAAUAAGCGCAGAUAAAUGGAUACAUAAAUAUGGGUUAGUCAACAAUAAGCUGUCAUGGGACUUUAUUCUUAAAAAAAUUGGAUUCAAAAAAAGCGAGGAAUAUGUUUACUCUUUGAAAAAACCAGUCUGUUCUCGAUACAGUAUAGACUUGUUUGUGGAAGUUUUUUCUUCAAUCGACGGUAGAACAUAUAACGUGACAAGAGAUAAGAAAAAAAUGUUAUAUUUAUUUAAUAAAUUGAAAAAAAUUCAAGAACUAUAUCAAAAACGUAUCGAAUGGCUAUAUUCCAGUAGUCGAAGAGUUUUUGGGCUAAUUGUUGAAAAUUUUGUGAUUAUUGUCUUUGACGUGAAAACUCAAUCUUAUGAAAAAUUUAACCUAUAUAAAGCCGUAGCCACAGAUAUAAUAAGAACUAAACCGAUAGUAUUUUCAAAAGAAAUAGUUCAGUCAAAUCAAACAAAUAUAGAAAAGGCUAUUAAAUGGAUUGAGAACAAAAAUUCUUUAUCAGAAAGGAAUGUAGAAUACACUGUCACAGCAUUAGAAUUGGCUGCAAAUGAAAAAGUUUAA